AAGGGCUUCAUAUUUUGGUCUUGAUGGAUUAUUAAAUGUGUGAAGAACACAAAAUAUAUUUGUAACAAUGUAACCGAACAACGGUGGUACCUGUUGACUUGCAUUGGUUUUGUGUCCACACAAUAGAAAGUCAAUGGGUACUGCCAUUGUUCGGUUACUGACGUUCUUAAAAAUAUUUUAGUUUGUGUUAUUCAGAGGAAAGUCAUUAAAGUUUGAAAAGACAAGAGGGUGAGGACCAAAUUUAAAUUAUUGGUUGAACUAUCACAUUAACAUUCAUGAGUAAGGCCUAUAGCUUUAAUCAGAUUUUUAUAGAUCCAUACAGCUUAUAGACCAUUUCUGAAGAUAUAAACAACGCUGGCCCUGAAGCUAUUCCUGAUUUAGUUUCUUAUUUUACAUAAGGAGUGGUUUCCCACACAGGGAUUAGCCAGGACUAAGUUAGUUGCAUAGUUUUUCCAAAAAUAAUUUACAAAAUAUUUUACUUGUCUACAUUUAAAACAAAACCAUGCCACUGAUUUAUUUUAUUAUAUGUCCAUGCAAGCAGCUUUAAUAUUUAUUUUAGUCUAGAACUUAAGACCUGUACGGGACAACACCCCUUAGUGUUUGUUUGACCAUUUGAUUCAUUUCCAAAUGUAUUUUUUGGUUGAAUUUUGUUCUAACAUUUAUGUGAAGUUAAGGUCUGAACGAAGAAUUGCUUCUGGAUUUGAACUGUUUAUGUUUUACAAAACGGUCUACAAACGCCUGGCCCAAAGUAAACUUCCGGUCUUUAUUGGUUGAUCGAUCAGGCUAGUGGCUAAUAAUAAUGUAACUAUUUAUAUUUAAUAUAUAAUUGCUUGUUAACAUAAACAAUUAACAGUGACUCAAUUCUUUGCGGAUGUGUACCGGAAGUUAAGGUUGGUUGUCAUGUCUUGUCGCGUCGGUCGCUUCCGGUGUAGAUACAGUGUUAUGAGAAGACGGUAACUUCUGAAUGUAAUCCUUAAACACACACCCAGAAUCAAAUCCUAAACACACAUCUUUACUUCACUCGAAUCAUCUGGAUGUAAUUACAGGGGAAAGACUCACCCCAAAUUCCUAAAUCAAAAACAGUUCAUUUAAUAUUUAAUCUUCCUUUAUUUAAUCCUACUUUUUACUUUGCAGACAUCCUGAAUGUCUCAACUCAAAUUAGUUUCCAUUAUAACUGAUGAAGAGUGAGUAACAGGAUAGCAUAGGGAACUUUUCAGUUUUGUUUCUUUUUUUCUGUAUGUUGAGAGUUAUUUUCUGACGGAUCUACUGUUUUUUCAGAUAAUAAUCUUUUUUCCGGUGCAUGCUGGGUAGUUUUUGAUAAAAUGUUGCCUGAAAGUAAGGUCAGAAGCAAAACACUUAUAAAGGAAAACAGACCUUCAAGGACAGUUUACUCUGUGUCUGCACACAGUUUGUGUGGGUUGCAGCUGUUGGCUUCAGUUGACAGUGUGGCACAGGGGAGCAGAUUUAUAAAAGUAAAUCCAUCUCACCCCACAUGAACGUCCCACCCCCUCACACACGCAAUCAUUUGAAAUCUAGAUCAAUUAUUGAGCAAUGCCACUCAUAUUUGAGAUAUUUUGGACCUAACGCAAAUGUCUUAAGAAUGAAUGAAUGAAGGGGCUUUCAGGCUGUUAUGUGAUGCAGCUUCCCAAAAUUUCCAAGUGUCUCAUUACAGUUGUAUUUAUAUCAUGCAUGUAUAUGAGUGUGUGUGCGCAGGGGUGGAGUUAGUUAGAUUCCAGUGGGGUCUCUUUCUGGAGUGUGAGUUUCUCUUUGCACUGUUCUUGUGUGUGAUUCUGUCUGGCCCCGUACCCAUCCCUGGCCCUCUAGACCUACUUUCGCGCCCUUGUGAAAGAGAUGGAAAAGAAAGGUGAUGUCAUACUUGAGGUUGAGGAUGAGUCCGGGCAACCUGUCUCGGCCCUCUCCAUUCUCUCUCUGCUGGAACGCGUGUCUACCAUCAUCGAUGGCGUCCAGGCGAGCCAGCAGCGCAUGGAGGAACGCCAGCAGCAGCUUGAAAGCUCGGUCAGCGCCGUCCAGUCAGAGUUGCUUAAAUUGACUCGCGAACAUAGUGUCACAGCGACCACUGUUGAGAAACUUCUCCAGAAAGCCCGUCGUGUAAGCACACAUGUUAAAGAAGUGCGUUCACGUGUGGAGAAACAGAACGUGCGUGUGAAGAAGGUGGAAACAACGCAGGAUGAGCUGCUUACUCGCAACAAAUUCAGAGUUGUCAUCUACCAGGGUGAAACUGAAGUUCCCUCUGUUGCUGUCACCAAGACCCCCAAAGGGGAAGGGCUUGCUAACCUGGAGGUGGAGCCAGAUGAAUAUGACAUCCCUGCUGAUUUAUCAUCUGAUGAAGAGUACAUGGUGGUAGAUGAGGUGGAGUCAUCUCGGGGGGCACGUCUAAAACAGUCAGGGUUAAAGGGUCUUGAGAACAUCAAGUCAGCGUUCUCCAAAGAAGGCAUGACCAAAACACGUGAGAAGACCAGAGAGAACCUCAGCAAAACCAAGGAGAGUCUGAGUAAAACGGGCCAUUCGCUUGGAACCAAAAUCAACACCUUCGGUGAGAAGGUCGUGCCGCAUGAACAACGAGAUAAAAUACGUCAGAGUAGUGAGCGGCUCAAGGAGAACAUCGCUAAGAAAGCACCCAGUAAAGAAUCGUUCCGCAUCAAACUAAAGAAGGAGCGCACUGUCGCUGAGGGCCAGGAGGGAGCAGAGGAGGAGCCUGCUGUGACUCCACCCAAAGGCAGGAAGUCAAGCCCAGACGUGACCUACACAGAGGUGGUAACUGAGAGCAAGAGGGAGGGUCCAAUAUCAGAGGAAGGAGCAACUCGCAUCCAUGAGGACUGAUAUGGGAAAUUCACAAGUGAAAGAAUAUGAGAAAGUGAAAAAAGUAGUUUGUGAUUAGUAAAAGGAAGAAAUCAUUUUCAUAUAAUGUUUCCACACAGUAAAUGAAAUAAAUUUUGAAACACUAAA